ACCCAUUCAGCCAGUACUGACUAUAGUUGUGCGUUGUCGUGGUUACAGAAGCUGUACAUCGUGUGUGACGUGGCGUUGUUCGUGAUCGUUAACAAGUCGACCGCCUGUCAUCUGGAGUCUCCUAAAGACCCCGUCCUGCCCAGCAAGUUCUACACUCCUCCUGACAAGGACUUGAUCAAUGAUAAGGAGUAUUUAUCAUCAGAGGCCAGAACAGUGCUGCUGACGGGAAAGCCAAAGCCAUCUCCUGUCUUGUCUACAGUGAAUAAGACUCUGACGGUGCCAGGUAGGAGAGUCUACAACAAGACCACCGGCUCAGACAGCAACACCAGUACCCACUCCCAGCCCAGCUCUCCUGUUACCAAGACCAGGGAUGUUGUGACGGAGUCGUCAGAGGGCGGGGCGAGAGAGAAUGAAGAGAACCCUGUUAUCACCAAGACGGACGACGGGAAGAAGGAGGACACAGUGACCUCUGACCUCACCACAGGUGCGUCAACCAUCCCCAAACCUCGCCGCGGACGCCCCCCCAAGGCCGCACCCUCCCCUCUGGCCAAUGAGAAGGAAGGAGGGGCAGGCAAAGGCAGGAAGAGGGCGGCACCUGCCCAGGACUCCGCCCCCUCGGGGGAGCCAAACUCCAUCAAGAUCCCUAAAGCUGAGGAUGUGACGCAGAUCCUAGACCUGCAGAGGUAAACAGCAGACCACUGCAGCCCAGAUCAAGACCCUAAAGAAACUCUCUCUCUCUCUCUCUCUGUCUCUCUCUCUCUCUGUCUCUGUCUCUCUCUUUCUCUCUGUCUCUUUCUCUCUGUCUCUGUCUCUCUCUUUCUCUCUGUCUCUCUCUCUCUCUGUCUCUGUCUCUCUCUUUCUCUCUGUCUCUUUCUCUCUGUCUCUGUCUCUCUCUCUCUCUCUCUCUCCGUCUCUCUCUCUCUCUUUCUCUCUUUCUCUCUGUCUCUCUCUUUCUCUCUGUCUCUCUCUCUCUCUCUCUCUCGUAGUCCUGAUCUGAUUCUCCGUUGUAUGUGGGUCUUAAUCUCAAACAUUGUUUUUGUUGCUCUUUAUCUUUUGUGGAGCAGUUGUUUUGAAAAGAAAUAUUUCCAAACCGUUUUAAUCUGGUUUUGAUGACAAAACAAGUUGUUGCUUAUUAAAUUUCCCCCCAGGAUAUAUUGCCUCUUCCUCCUCUGUCCCCUCCUUCCUGUCUCUCUCUCUCCCCUCCUACCUGUCUCUCUCUGUCCCCUCCUUCCUGUCUCUCUCUGUCCCCUCCUUCCUGUCUCUCUCUGUCCCCUCCUUCCUGUCUCUCUCUGUCCCCUCCUUCCUGUCUCUCUCUGUCCCCUCCUUCCUGUCUCUCUCUGUCCCCUCCUUCCAGUCUCUCUCUGUCCCCUCCUUCCAGUCUCUCUCUGUCCCCUCCUUCCAGUCUCUCUCUGUCCCCUCCUUCCAGUCUCUCUCUGUCCCCUCCUUCCAGUCUCUCUCUGUCCUCUCCUUCCUGUCUCUCUCUCUGUCCUCUCCUUCCUGUCUCUCUCUCUGUCCCCUCCUUCCAGUCUCUCUCUGUCCUCUCCUUCCUGUCUCUCUCUCUGUCCUCUCCUUCCUCUCUCUCUGUCCUCUCCUUCCUGUCUCUCUCUCUGUCCUCUCCUUCCUGUCUCUCUCUCUGUCCCCUCCUUCCUGUCUCUCUCUCUGUCCCCUCCUUCCUGUCUCAAUCGCCCUGUCUCUCUAUCAUCAGUGUGUUUAUUUUAUAUAGGUUAAAACUUGGCUAUUAUGUACUUAAGCCAUAUAUAUAUACUGUAUGUUUGGCUGUCUGAUAAACACACACACAGUUCUUUCUCACACUUGUUUGAGGAGGGAAGGAGAGAAGGAGAAAGGGAAGGAGAGAAGGAGAAAGGGAAGGAGAGAAGGAAUUUGGGCAGUCUUCAGAGAAAGCGGUGUACAAGCAGGGGAUAACUGAUGAAGAGACAAACAUGACUUGUUAUUUUCCUUUCGUUAUCUUUUUAGCAGUCAAAACAUUGAGAACUUUGAAAUUAAAAUUUGUAUUGAAAUUUAA